AUGGACCAGAACCUAUCUGAAGAAGACAUGAUGUUUGUCGCACGGGGUGAUAUAGCGUGUGGAAACUUGUCAAGCGUAACAAAGCCUAGCAAAGCGUUUCAAUCCUUGAUUAAGCGUCUCAAUUCGUUGGAAAGCUUGAGAGUCCUUCAUGAAAGUGUUUGUGAAAAACUGGGAAUUAUGGGUCCAGAGAGUGAAUAUUUUGGUCUGCAAUACACAGGCAGGAAGGGAGAAAGCCUGUGGCUGAAUACCCGCAACCAGAUAGACCGCUGUCUCCAGGCUCCAUGCAGGCUAAAGCUGAAAGUGAAAUUCUUUGUCCAACCUCACCUGUUGUUACAAGAAUCAACAAGACAUGAGUUUUACUUACAAAUUGUUGAGGACUUCCUCCAGGGGGCACUGACAGUGACUCAAAGACAUCAACUUAUUAAAAUGGCUUCCUUAAUCGCACAAGUUGAGACUCCUUAUCAUGACAGUCAGAACAUAAACCUUGAAUCAUACACAACAUUUAUUCCAGAGCCCAUAUUAAGGGAUCUCCACAAUAGUGAUGACACUUCUGAGCUUAGAUCUCUAGUCCAAGAUGUGUGCAGUGAACAUUCAAAACUUGGUGAUAUUACAUCAUCACUUGCGUCAUAUAAGGUGCUACAAGAAGCGACGCUCUAGCCUAAUUGGGGCGUGGAAAAUUAUGAUGUACUUAGUGAGUGUGAAAGGGUCCAAUAUACAAUGGUUGUUGGUAAUGGAAUAACAUUGUCAGAUAUGCAGCAUAAUAUUAUACAGAGGUA